CAGGAAUUGGUGCACUUAGGCUCAAUUCAAGAAUUGACAUCAAGUAUGAAUCUGGAGGAGGAAUUCUGAGGCGGCGACUUCCCUGAAGUUUAGCCUGGUGGCAACGCGGGCCGAAGUUGGGAUGGAUAGACCCACACCCCCUUAUGGCAGCCGUGAAAUUAGCGGAACAGGACAUGCUGAAGUUAAAGUGCGCCGUGACAAGCGGGAAGACGGAGUCCGAGGCGCCCUUGAAACGGGGGCCUCCGCUAUGGAGAAACGUCCGCAACAAGACAGAAUGCCAAUAGAUCCUGCAACGAAGCGUAAAAUAUGUGUUGACCACGUGUAUGCCGAAGAAGGGUGUAUGCGUUGGGGUUGUCCUUUUGCGCACGUUGAAAACACGUGUGGGAGGGGGAAAGCGGGUGGUAGGAAAAGUGGUGGGAACGAAGGCGAAGAAUUCGACGCGACGCGAAGUGCAAGACAGGACAUCAACAAUGACGAUCCUGGGCAACAAACAAGUAUAUCCACGCACCAGGGAAUGGACACGCACAAGGAGCCUGUUUCCUCUUCCUCCCUCGUAGCUCCCAGAGAACCCACCUCCUCCAAGCCCUCUACCCUCCCCAGAGGCGCAGAUAAACCACGCACGGGCCUGCGGAGUGGUGGUCAGAAGUCACAAACCGGCGAGCAUACGGAUAGAGGAGAUUUGAGCACAGGCAUAGAGGAGCAAGCGGAGCCAAGGACGGGCGUGGCGGAUGAGGGGGGUGGCGAGGAAGCGUCCGGGGGAGUGGGGGAGGAAGAAGGAGCGUUGGUCGACAAAAUUGGGGACUUGCACCUGAAAAAGGCGGUCGCCACGGAGAAGGAGGGAAGCGGAGAUGGAGGGGGUGGGCUGGGACCGGCAGGAGGGAGCGAGGGUGGCAUAUUCACAAUGGAAGCGGCCCAUCCGCCCUCCUCCACGGUGACCCUGCCGCCGCCGUUCCGUCUCGGUCCUGCCUCCCUCUCCGCUCCCCAACUUUGCCCGGGGUCCUCCUCUCGUGCCCUCGUAAAGCAGUCGUCGGACCCAGGCGCGGUCCCGGCCUCCCUCCCUGUGCUGGCUGACUCCUCCCUCAUCACCCCGGGAACAGCCCAGAAGCCCCCUCCUGGCUCGGACAAGCUCUCCACUGGCCUCUCUUUCCUCCCUCCCUCCUUCCCUCCCUCCUUCCACGCCUUCCUCCCUCCUCCCCUCCCUCCCCACGAGGCUCGAGAAAGGAACUGUCCCCGGGGCGCACGCCGGCUUUCACCCCCUCUCCCCGCUGGUCUCAUCGCGCGGUCGCCUUCUCUGGAAGACGGAAUGUCCUGGGUACCUCAUCCAUCAUACUUCCCUGUCCCUCAGGAGGAAGGGAGGGGUCGGCGGGUGGCGCGAAGGAAGGAGCGGGGACCUCCUCUAAGGAAGGGGAAGCAGCUCUCGGAGUCAGAAAUUGGAGACGGACCGGAGGAAGAUCCGCCUGAGGACGGGAAGGCGGAAGGCGGGGAGAAGGGAGAGGGCAAGGGAGGGGACAGGGGGGAUGUCUUCGUGCCCAGCCGGUCGCAGGAGUCGACGGAAGCCUCUCCCCUGCUUCGACAAAGUAGAGGGGUUGGUGGGGAUGGGAGGGAGAGGGGGCGGCGGGCGGCAGGAAGGCCGCAGGAGGGAGGAGGGGCGGUGGAGGCUCGAGAGGAGAGGAUUGCUUCUUCUUACCCUCGGAGUGCGGCGGCCCCCCUCCCUUCGCACGUACCACCUCACAUGGUCCCAACCAUCCCCACGCCUUACUUCCCUCCAGUGACCGAGGGCGCUUUUCCCCCUUCUCCGCCCGUUCCACCGGGAGCGUAUCCGUAUGCAUAUGGAGCGGCGUAUCAGCAUCCCUUCCUCCCCCCCUCCCUUCCUUCCCUUCCUCAUGCCUCUCCGUCCGGCGUCCCUUACCCCGCUGCGCCACCCUACGUCAUGUGGUACCCCUACGUCGCUCCCUCCUACGAUUCACACCUGUCCUAUCCCACAGCACACCUACCGCCCUACCCUGAGAACCCCUCUCGGCCCGGGCAGGGGCCGUGGGAGGGGGGGGAGACGGAGGGGGGGGGAGACGGACAUUAUUGA